AUGAAUUUUGGAAACACAGGGAAUAAAAUCGCUCCAAACGGUUCCACACCAGAUAUACAACCAAAUUCACAAUACGAUCAAACAAUUGCUUUCAAUGACAGCGAUAGCAGUGGACCAGCACCAUAUGUUCCAAAUUACGAUAGCCCAGCAGGCGCAGAAGAAGAAGAUUAUGAUGCCCGCAGACUAUUAGGUGUUGGCUCUCCUGGAGAUAGGUUAAAUAACUUUAGAAUCGAAAAUAACUUCAAAGGAGCAAUGGGAUUGGAUAGUCCAAGUCCAAAGGGAGGACUCGGAGGAUUCUCUGGUGACAGUCCUACAGGUCUUGGCGGAUUCGGAUUAGACAGUAUGGGUAAAAUCAAUGGAAGUUAUGGUGAAUUUUCACCAAGACCAUCAGGAAAUGAUGCAACUACAUCUAAUCCUGAAUUAGCACAACUCUUUGGACUUAUUACAAGCUUCCAACCAGAGCCAAUUCCAAUUCCUCCUCAUUUCAAACCUUUCUUACCAGAUCUUAUACCAGCUAUUGGAGCUAUUGAUGCAUUUAUCAAAGUUCCAAGACCAGAUGAUGAAGAGGAACCUCUUGGUCUUACAGUCCUCGAUGAACCAACAAUUGGCUGCUCAGAUCCACAAAUUGUUCGCAUGCAGUUAAGAGAAAAGUACGGCAUUGUAUCUGCUCAAGAAGGUGAUGGUUACAUUGGCGAAAUUAAGGAUUUAGAGAACAAUCAAAAAGCUCUCGAUACUUUCUUAGAAAAUUACGAAGAAAUGAUUCGAGAUCGUCCACCUCCAUCAAUUGUCUACAGUUACAAGAUGCCAGACUUAAACGAUCUUUUGGAUGUUUGGCCAGAAGAUAUUGAAAAGGCUCUUGAGUCGAUUCCACUUCCAUCUGCAGAUAUGGAUCUUACCAUUGAAGAAUAUGCAAAGAUUAUUUGCGCAUUCCUCGAUAUUCCUGUGAAAGGAAAUAUCAUUGAAUCCCUUCAUGUUUUCUUCACAUUGUACAUGACAUUUGAAGAAAACCAACACUUCCCUGAUAACAUGCCAACGCGUAACUCUGUUUCCCUUCAAUAA